CGGACGACGUGGCGUCGUCGUCGUGUGAAUGAUGUAGCAGGGCUACGCGGCGAGAAGCAAUAAAUCAAUGCUACGAUUGAAAUAUUGAAGAUGAUGCGCCCUGGGGCGAGCAGCGCGAGCGCAGCAGGAGCCCCGGUAGGGAACAAUGCGUGGUUGAGCAGAAUCAUGAGGACAGUCGCGAUUGCUCUGCUCAGCGCCGGCGGCAUCACAGUCACUCCCCCAGUAGGCGUCUCCGCAAAACUGCAGAAACUUCGCUUCAACCUGAAGCGGACAAAGCAAAAGCAGCUGCUCGCGAACAAGAGGGUCAAGACCGUCCCGGCACCUGGUUGCACCUGCGCGGAAUGCGAACAGGGCAUGCUGUCUACUUGCAUGGCAAGUUACCCCGAGGGCGUGGUGAACACCUGCGUCGCCCGCUACGAAAUGCGCUGCGUUCUCCCCCAAGGAGAUCCCAUUCUGCAAACGGACAAGGUGCACGAUGCCGCAACCAUGGCAGGUACGAAGGCGAGCGACUGGGUUGGCGCUGAGGUGCCGAUGAGCGAAUUUUGCCUCUACGAGUGCCGCCCGCAGCAGAAGGCCUGGCCCGCGCGAGCCGACCGCCCGAGCGAAUGGAAGCCAGCAAGAUGUAUACGUGGUUGCUCCUACUUCACAAUAUCCGAAAAUCGAAAAAUCAACUGAGAUGUGGGUGAAUUAAUCAUGAAAACGAAUUUCAUGAUGUUGACCCUGCCACCUCUAAUCUACAUAGGUACCGCCAUCGGCACACUCCGUGGUGGACAGCUGGCUGCGGCGAAGAAUGGAGCAGCGAAAUCGGAGAUUGACCUGUGCCAAGGAGAUCCCGAGUCGGCAUAAAAGCAUAAAAUUUUCUUCCUUGUGGAUUUUUUUCUGACGAAUGAUCGCAUCAUCUUUCAUUAUGGCACUGGGGCUGGCCGGGUCCAGCACAGAAACGUGUGAGAUGUGAGAUCAGACGAGGACAAAUGAGAUGAAUGUGAACUUCUAUGAUCAUCAGCUAGUGCGACGGGGACGGCUACCUACGUGCCAAAAUCAUGCAAAUGAAAAAAAGAGAAUGAACAUUGGAGCGUUCCUAUGCAGCGAUUCUUUUCUGCACAAGCGCAGGCGCGGGCGUGGCCACCUCGUUCCGCUUGCUUAUCUAAACGAAGAAUAACAAAGACAGGCAAGUAGCGCUGCACUGUGUUUCUUUCAGAUCACGCUAACAAGCAGCACGUUAAGUGAUGAAAUAAAGAUGUUGAAGAUCGUCUAGCCCAUUUUGCCGCAGGAAGCAAUCUCGUAGAUCUUAUUCAUUUUUUUCUUUUCGGAUGCAAGUUCAGCGUCAGAAGAACAAGUAAGAUCCAUGCGAUAACGGAGUUAGACAGAUCAAAGCUUGUAGAGGAUCGCAGGAAGGAAGCCGGAUCAUGAUGGAAAAUGCGUCCUCCAUUUGCAUUUUUCGCUGGAACUGGAUCAAUUUCCGUUUGGCAUUGGCUUUCCUAUUUCUUGUAACCGCGGACGCGAGCAUCGUGAAGAAGCAAUUUUAG